AUGUUUGAGAACAUUCUCCCAACACUCAUAGGGCUCUGGACUAGGCGUGGUCAAUGGUCAACAUUUGGAUCCAACAACAAGGACUACCAACUACUGGAUGAGGUCUGGACUGCGGUUGGUGUUGCAUGCGCUGAUAGUGGUGACACAAUUCCAGCAGCGUUUGGUUGUUGCAUACCAAACCUUGACACCAAACCACAAGAGACCACAUUGGAGAGCAUGUUGCUCUUUGCAACGCUCAUUGGUCCUGCUCUCCUCCAUUGCCGCUUUGUGCGCCCCCGCUACUACCACCACUUUGUUUGGCUGGUCAAGCUGAUCAAGCUGUGCAUUGGACUUGAUGUCAGGCGUGUUGAUGUAGAUGAGAUCCGGCAAGGGUUUGCGCAGUGGGUGCAGGACUACAAGAGUCAGAUCAAGCACUUGUAUGGCCUUGCAGAGGAGCUGGAUCUCAAGAUGCGUCAAGAGAACAUUGCAACAGGUACACGCUACAACGCGUACAAAGAUCUUGUCUUUGUGAAGCCUAGGCGUGAGCGCCCUAUUCAGGGUCCCUUGAUCCGCAAGGUUGCUGAGUUCAUUUCUACUCAAAUCCCUGUCAGUGCCGCUUUCAUCCAGAACAAGCUAUUCAACUGCCCAUUUGUUGCCUGGGGCAAGAUGCAGCGGAUCACUAGGAAUGAGGCAGGCAAUGUCACUGGCGGGGAUCUCAUUCAGGGGGACCAUAUUGUGGCUAACAACUGCAAGUUGCGUGAUGCCUUGCACGUCAUGUACUGGUCAGUUAACUCACACUGGCAAUGGGUUAGAGGUCCAGCUGUGGUUCUUGACGAGGAGACAUUUGGCUACAGUUGUGCUGAACAAUUCCUUGUGAUUGACGCAGCUUUCCUGCGGCACGUUACCAAGUGUGCUGGUGUGUUUUAUCCACAUCUAGAUGACCUUGUGCUUGCCGUUGUAUCCCCAAUUCCCUAUCUCUGCCACAUUGCCUCAUCUGGAAUUACCCAGUACAGCCUAAGGGGUGGCAGAUAUGUCUCACCUGAGAUCCUUGAUGCGUCAAAGAUUGAUUGCUUGGUUGGGCGUGUGCAAUUGCCACUUGGUGCGUUGUACAUCGUCCAACGUGACACAGCAGUUGGGCAGCUUGACAUGUUGGAUGAGGUUGUUAAUCCCAAUUAA